AGGAGAUCCAAUGGCUGAUCCCCUCACAACCAGCUCUCCGUUGUUGGUUGAUCAUGAAAAUGAUAGAGGAAGCAGAAGCUCCUCUUGUGUUCAAAAAUUGAUCGACGUGGAAGAAUCAAAGGCUCAAAUUAUUUACUCUCUUCCGGUGAUAUUCACAAAUCUUUUCCUCUAUUGUAUCCCUUUAACCUCUGUGAUGUUCGCUUCUCACCUCGGCCAGAUCGAGCUCGCCGCUGCAACCCUCGCCAAUUCCUGGACAACCGUCACCGGUUUUGCGUUCAUGAUUGGUUUAAGUGGAGCACUUGAGACAUUAUGUGGUCAAGGCUUUGGUGCAAAAAGCUACAGAAUGUUAGGGAUUCAUUUACAAUCAUCUUGCAUAGUCUCAUUAGUCUUCACUAUCUUCAUCUCCAUCUUGUGGUUCUUCACAGAAUCAGUCUUCGGUUUUAUCAGACAGGAUCCUAACAUCUCAAAACAAGCUGCACUAUAUAUGAAAUACCAAGCUCCCGGGUUACUCGCUUACGGAUUCUUACAAAACAUACUGAGAUUUUGCCAAACACAAUCAAUCGUUACUCCAUUAGUAGUCUUCUCAUUUGUUCCCUUGGUGAUUAAUAUCGGCAUAUCCUAUGUUUUGGUUUAUUUAACUAGCCUUGGGUUCAUUGGUGCUCCAAUAGCUACCUCUAUUUCAUUGUGGAUAGCUUUCCUUUCUCUUGGGACAUAUGUGAUUUGUUCCGACAAAUUUAAGGAUACAUGGACCGGAUUUUCACUGGAAUCUAUCCGUUACGUAGUAAUAAACUUGACAUUAAGUCUCCCUUCUGCUGCUAUGGUAUGCUUGGAAUAUUGGGCGUUCGAAAUUCUUGUGUUCUUGGCAGGACUAAUGCCAAAUCCUGAAAUAGCCACUUCUUUGGUAGCUAUAUGCGUCAACACGGAAGCAAUUAGCUACAUGUUAACAUAUGGACUUAGCGCAGCUGCAAGUACUCGUGUAUCGAACGAACUUGGAGCAGGAAAUGUAAAAGGUGCAAAGAAGGCGACAUCUGUAACAACUAAGUUGUCUUUAGUUCUUGCUCUUGGCGUAGUGGUUACUUUAUUUGUAGGUCAUGAUAGUUGGGUUGGGUUAUUCAGCAAUAGUUCUUUGAUUAAAGAAGAGUUUGCAUCUUUGAGAUUUUUCCUGGCUGCCUCUAUAACUCUUGAUUCGGUCCAAGGUGUUCUAUCAGGAGUGGCCAGAGGAUGUGGAUGGCAAAGGGUAGUCACGGUUAUUAAUUUAGGAACAUUCUACUUCAUUGGAAUGCCUAUUGCUGCCCUUUGUGGUUUCAAGUUGAAGUUGUAUGCCAAGGGUUUGUGGAUUGGUUUGAUAUGUGGGUUAUUUUGCCAAUCCUCAUCUCUCUUGCUUAUGACAAUUUUCCGGAAGUGGACAAAGCUGUAUUCUUCGGUCUGAAACUA